GUACGCAGAGAGAGAAAUCUCGAGGAGGUUUGUGGUGGACGUGCGUCCUCUAAUACUCCCAAAUCGCCACCAAACUAGCUAGUCCAUCCCCAUUGCUCUCACUCCCCUCCCUUCUUCCUAUCCAUUAGCCAGAGAGGGAGAGAGAGAGAUCUCCAUUAGAGCGCAACAGCUCUCUAGCUUCCUCCCCAUGCAGCGCACUGCCAAUCUUGCUCUCCUGCCAAGUCCAGCGUUUCCUACAACCACACCGUAAUUGAUCGAUCCAGUGGCUCAAGCCAGUAGCUGAAUCUAUAUCUAUCCAUAUCUCUACCAGCAAGCUGAGAUUUGUCGUGGUAUAUAUACUUGACACGGAUCGAUUAAUUACUCCCGCUUGUGAAUUUCUCGUCUCUGCUGCUCUACGAGAGGGGAUUUGGGAUGCUGGAGGUGGCCUCGCUACGAAGCCCUAAGGCGGACCAGGUGUUUGGCCUCGGCCUCGGCGGCGACCACAGCCAUGUCGGGCUCGGGUUCCCUGAAUCCGGCGGCGUGGACGACGACGACUUCCUGCUGGACUUCAUCGACUUCAGCACGUGCGACAUGCCCUUCUUCCACGUCGACGGGGACAUCCUCCCGGACCUCGAGGUCGACUCCGCCGACCUCCUCGCCCUCGACUUCGCCUCCUCUUCCUCCCCGGACGAGCCCUCGCUGGAGGACGGACGAUGGGGAAGUGCUGUCGACGACGAGGCGGUUACCAAGGCCAUGGAGGUCGGGGUAGAAGCAGAAUUAGGGGGCGACAGCAUGGACAUGGAAUUACCGCGAGACGAGAAUCACAAGGAUGAGAAGUUGGAAGUGUUGUUGGAAGAUGAAAAAGAUGAGAAGAAGCAUAACAACAACGUCGUGGCGGGCGAUGAGGCUGUCUCCAGCGCCGUGACAUCGACGGAGGACUCCGCGGCGGCCGCCGCGUCUGACAACAAGUCGUCCUCGGCGUCGGCGGAGGGGCAGAGCAAGAGGACGUCCACGAAGACGCCGUCGGCAGCCGUGGCGGGCAAGAGCUCCCAUGGAAGGCGUAAGGUCAAGGUGGACUGGACGCCGGAGCUGCACCGACGGUUCGUGCAGGCGGUGGAGCAGCUGGGGAUCGACAAGGCGGUGCCGUCCCGGAUCCUGGAGCUCAUGGGCAACGAGUACUCCCUCACGCGCCACAACAUCGCCAGCCAUCUCCAGAAGUACCGGUCGCACAGGAAGCACCUGAUGGCCCGGGAGGCGGAGGCCGCGAGCUGGACGCAGAAGCGUCAGAUGUACGCGGCGGCGGCCGGCGUUGCACCAAGGAAGCCCGAUGGCGCCGCGGCCGGCCCCUGGGUCGUGCCCACCAUCGGCUUCCCUCCGCCAGGGACGAUGCCGCCGCCGCCGCCGCCAACGGCGCACCACCCCGGCGCGCAGCCGCCGCCGUUCUGCCGGCCGCUGCACGUGUGGGGCCACCCCAGCGCCGCCGCCGGCGUCGACGCGCCGGCGCACCCGCAGAUGCUGCCCAUCUGGCCGCGCCACCUCGCGCCGCCGCCGGCGUGGGCCCACCAGCCGCCCGUGGACCCCGCCUACUGGCACCAGCAGUACAACGCGGCGAGGAAGUGGGGCCCGCAGGCAGUGACGCAGGGGACGCCCUGCGGCCCGCCGCCGAUGCCUCCUCCGGCCAUGAUGCAGAGAUUUGCUGCGCCGGUGCCGGGGAUGAUGCCGCAUCCCAUGUACAGACCGAUCCCGCCGCCGGUGGUGCCAUCACCGGCGCCACCGAGCAAUAUUAAGCUCGCUGGCCUGCCGCUUCAGCUCGACGCCCACCCGUCCAAGGAGAGCAUAGACGCAGCCAUCGGAGACGUUUUAGUGAAGCCAUGGCUGCCGCUCCCCCUCGGCCUCAAGCCCCCGUCGCUGGACAGCGUCAUGACGGAGCUGCACAAGCAAGGCAUACCCAAGGUCCCACCGGCGACGACCACGGCGAGCGGCGGCGCCACCACCGGCUGAGACUCUCCGCCGCCGGCGCCGGAUUCAUGAUCCCCUGAUCUCUCGGUGACUCAACUCGUCGAAUCGUCCGUCUGCACGUACGUACGUAUGAUAUCCACGUACGCGUGGGCGUGUAGAUUAAUUAUUAAGAACAGUUUGAUGAUGUAUUGUCCAUCUGUGGGUGUAUGCAUUGACAACGGAUCUCCUGGUGUUUUUUUCCUCUCAUGUACGUGCACUGUGCCUGCCUGGGAGUUGCGUGUAUAUUGUCGAGAUGGUUGGAACGACUUACAUUAUUUAUCCCUGUAUCACUGGACUGGUAAAUGAAUAACAUGCAAGGAUGGAUAAUUAGUUCAUGAAUAUAUGCAGUUUCAUCA